CUCGAAGUAGGCGGAGCGCUCCCCAGACAUUGACAGACAGACAGACAGACAGACAGAGGCCUGCAGAAACCUCUAUUUACGUUGACAUGAGGCAGUAAGGUCACACGUCCUCUCACCCAACGGUCGCGUACAUACCAGCACUCCCAACCCAAUCCAGCCCACACAAGUAUACACACACGCAUACGCAACAAACACCACCACGCAAUUAGCCUCUUCUCUCUCUGUCCCUCUCCAUCCAUCUAUCCAUCCAUCCAUCUAUCUAUCGCACUAGCUCCGCCAGCCUGCCUAUCCCGGCGCGAAAGCCCUCCCACCCCUCGGACACAUCCCUCCGCACCCUCUCCCGCAUCCCUCCGCGCCGCCUGGCCGCCCGCACCGCCUCCGCGCGUUGCCUCGACGCCUCGAGGAAGGCAUCCCGCGAUGUUGGGAGCGGGUCACUGAAGAAGGUGCUGUCGACCGAUUGGAUGGCGUCCCGCAGGUGGGCCGGCAGGCUGUCUGGCGACGACAGCCGCGAGCCGUGCAGGUCCAGGCGGCACACGCCACGGCCGCACCAGGCUGGGCAGGCACCCGUCCUUGAGUAGGUCAGGGUCACGUCGGCAUCUUCUGAUGGGGACCGUUGGAGAUGCAUUCGAGAUAACAGGAGGUUGAUAAGGGGGGUUCGCCUUCCCCUUCUCUGUCUGGUGUAGCAGUAGGACUCGACGCAUGUGGCUUGUCGCGGCCUGGAGGGGCCGAUCUGCACCCACUGCCGCCAUCUCUCGCGCGCCUCACUGGCCCGCAGCUGAUCUGCCGCUGCCGCUGCCGUGUCGACCGCCUGAUGCUGCUGCUGCUGCUGACCCCACCACCGGCCCUUCUGCGACAGGCCGGGCAGCCUCACAGUCAGCUGCAGAUAGCACGGUGAGCCAGGGUCCUCCCUACUCCCAUAACGGCUCUCCCGCCCUCGAUCUCCAACACCACCACCCAGACCAGUAGCGGCUGGUCCGCUGAGUCGCCCUCCGGCCUCGCCAACAGUGACAGUGCGGCCGUCCGGCAGGUCAGCCAUCAGCGCCAGGGUGCCGUUGCGCAGCACGUGUGAGAUGGCCUGCGAGUAGGCAUGCACCGGCCGCUUCAACCGACGCGCAGGCGAUGUCGGUGUCCACCUGAAGCUUUCCAUCAGCUGCCGCUUGCCGGGCUGCAAGUAGACGAACGCCUUGCGGCACAGCUGAACGCCUCGAGCAGUCGCGUCACUGUUUGCACUGAGGGAGCUGUGGGCGUGGGAGGGACUGUGAGAGAACUCUGCCGCAUACGAGAGUUCGGCGCCCUCGACAUCAGCGAGCACCCGGCCCGUCAUGACGUUGGUAAGCGACCCGCCGUACCACCACACCGUUGUCGAGCCAGGAGGGCCGCACCGCAAGUCAAGAAGCCGCUCCAAGUCACUCGCCUGCCACUGCAGCAGAGCCGACGACGGCAGGCGACGAAAUGGCUUGUGCCGAUGUGCCGUGGGCAGGGGGAGGGAGGGAAGGCGGAACAGCCGCUUGGUCUGGCCAGGUGAACGAGAGUCCAUGGACGUCACGAGAGUCACACAGAGCGUGCUCACGAGGCAGAUAGCUCCCAACCAGAUCAUCGCCAUGACUGUCCAGCUCAGGUAUCACUCUGUUUCAUGCCCAUUGUUCGCCAGAUGGAAGCCGAAAGCAAGAUCUGCG